AUGGUUCCGAUGUACGAAGGGAGGACUGACGGGAUGACGGGUCGUGCCAUUGCAGACUUCUUGCUCGGUAAGAGCAUCUCCACCGGUUUGAGCGAGCUGGUCUCCGACAAGAGACAAUUGGCUGCAAACUGGUUGGUCAAGAGUCCUGGAACCGACUUGGUGUCGGAGUUGGCUAGCGCGCGACACAAGCUGACCAUUGCGAGCGACAAGUGCAAGGUCACGCCGUGCAUGGAAGGCGCGUACAACGUCUUGUAUCUUGGCCCAGUGGUUCAACCAGUGACAAUUUACCCUUGGCGUCUCCUGGAUUUGCCCGCCAAAGAGUGUACGUGUGGAAACUGGCAGGAUAUGGUGUUUCCUUGUGUCCACGCCAUCCCUGCAGCAGCUAAAGACGACCAGCGGCUCGAAUCGUUGUACGAUGCUGAGCGCAUGUCCAUUCAGCACUUCAAGGACUCGUACACCGCAGCAUUUCGACCAUGGCCGACCAACGUGCGUCUCAACAAGGAUACAGCCGCCAAUCCAGUCGGAACCACCAGAGCUGGGCAAGCGUGGCCUCAAGCUGAGACCAAAGCCCAAGAACAAGCGCAAAAAACCAAGGGUGGCAACUGA